AUGCACAAUCUCGAGGAGGUGGCGGCCGCGGCCGGAAACGUGGUCGGGGUCGUGGAAGAGGAGAAAACGGCGGUGCCCGUACGGUACCAGGUUCAGGGAGUUAGCCUUCUCUCCUCCGUGCUACGUGGUCCCGUCACUCUUGUUGUACGAGCUGAACCACAUGUAUGGGAUCUCGGAUUAGGUUACAAGUGCGGCCUCAACCACCACAUGAUUCGAUUCAUAUUGGUUCAGAACAGACAAGGAAAAACACGUUUAUCCAAAUGGUACGUGCCGUUCGAGGACGACGAGAAGGUUCGGCUUCGAGGAGAGGUCCACAGAUUGGUUGCUCCCAGGGACCAAAAGUACCAAUCCAAUUUUGUGGAAUUCCGAAACUACAAGGUCGUAUACAGGAGAUACGCUGGGUUGUUCUUCUGCGUAUGUGUAGACGCCAACGACAAUGAGCUAGCAUACCUUGAAGCCAUCCACCUAUUUGUCGAAGUCCUUGAAUGUUGUGAGCUUGACCUUGUCUUCAACUUCUACAAGGUCUACGCUAUUCUUGACGAGUGUUCCUUGCGGGCGAGAUUGAGGAAACCAGCAAGACGUUGUCAUGGCACGAUUGGAGGAGCUGGAGAAAUUAGAAUGAGCCUGGGCCUAGGAAAUUUGGACCCCGUACACUACAUUAUCUUAAUAUGUACAACCAUGUGCGUUCCGCGCCAUUAG